AUGGCCUCCUCCUCUGGGGAAGCAGGGCUCCUGUCCUGCAGGGCUUGUGACAUGGUUUUCAGCUCCUGGGCCCUGCUGACUACCCACACCCAGCGUUUCUGCAUUGGCCGCGCCAGCCAGGAGGUGACACUGGGAGCGCAGCUUUCAACAGCCACUGAGCCAGGCUGCCCCGCGGUUUUGCCACAGGAAACUCAGGGCACUCCGGAUGAGGAGGCCAACAAGUUGGCUCUAAAAAAGUUAACAGAGGAGGUGCAGCUUCUGCGGCUGUCCCUACGGGCAACGCACCCCCGGGUAACAGAGUUCCCUAGGGAAUCAGAGGGUGAGACCCCCGAAGAACGACUGCGGGCACUGAACGGAAUUCACGCAAAACGUGUAGCCGAGACCAGCGCCCAGGGCAGGGCUCUGGAGAGACGCGGCGAGGAACUGACCCGGCGCCUUCAGGGUGUGUCCGGGCCCCGCGGCGGGAAACCCCUCCUACUCGGUGUGGAGAGGGAGCUUCGAGAACUCCGGAGCGAGGCCGGCCACACGCGGGGAGCACUCGAGGCGUUAGAGGGGCGCGUUCAACAGCUACAACAUGAGGCCGGGGCCGGGCUGAAAGCCGCGCGGGAGGCUGAAGUUGGUAACCCGGUGCUACAGGCCAACUUGGGGACUCUGGCUGCCGAAGUAGGAGCCCUGCGCGAGGCCUAUGUUCGAGGCGGGGGUCGGGACCCCGGCGUUCUGGGCCAGAUGUGGCAGCUACAAGUGGAGGCAUCAGCACUGCAGUUGUGCCGGCGAUCGCGGGCACGUUCCGGUAGACAAGCUACUUCGGGGGAGCUUCUGAUGAUUGAGGCAGAAAACCGGCGUCUGGAGGCAGAGAUCCUGUCCUUGCAGAUGCAGAGGGGCAGAGACCGGACACUUUGGGCACCAUUAACUGUUCCUCUGCACCCAGGGCCCGGAGAUCUACCACUCCUGGCCAAUACCAGACCACGCCUGAGAGGUAAAGGAGAUACCCCAAUACUGCCGCCGCCGGUGGCUCCCCCACUGCCGCCGCUUCCACCGUUCACAGAUCUGGCUUCUGGAACCAUACUUGGGAACCUGGAGCUGGAUCAACACCUCUUACCUCCAUCUGAUGUGCUGGGCCCUGCACCCUACGACCCUGGAGCUGGGCUGGUCGUCUUCUAUGACUUCCUGCGGGGCCUUGAGGCCUCUUGGAUUUGGGUACAGCUGAAGACUGGCUUGGCCCGGGAUGGACUGGACACAGGCGGAACCACAGCAUUGCCCCCAGCCAUUUGUUUGCCUCCACCUCCAGCCCCUGGCCCCCUGGGCAACUGUGCCAUUCUUGCCAGUCGGCAGUCUGUGCCCAGAUUGCCUCCCUCACCAGCAGUAUCCUUAGUCUGUGAGCUACAGGCAUGGCAGAGACAGGGCCUAGCAUGGGCUAGGACACCACAGCCAAAGGCCCAGGCCUCACUGCUAUUGUUUGACCAAAAUCAGCGGGUACUGAGUGGACGCUGGCGCCUCCCACUGAGGCCCUUUGCUUUGGACUCCAGCCCUGGACUGAAUGGAGUGACUCAGGCAGGUGAGGCAGAACUCUUCUUGCGGCUGGUAAAUGCAAGAGAUGCAGGUGCCCAGACACUGGCAGAGGUCAACCCAGCAAGUGCUCAUGAGUACCAGCACCCACUUCUGCUCUCCAACUCAACUUCCCUGGAAGCCAGCAGCGUACCCCUCUCAGCUGGCUUUGCAGAUCCUCCACCUCCUGCAGAGGAGCCCCUCAAUGGAGUCCAAGAUGAGAGUUUGGGCCCCAGAUGCUGA